AUGGCUACUUUUUGUCGGUUGUGUAGGAAGAUCGAAGAAACUAUGAGCCGUGUCACUUGGCACUGUCGAGUGGCUAAGAGAAUUUGGGCUUGGGCUGCAAAUUUUUUUAAUCUUUGGCCAAAGGAGGAUUUGGUAGCCUCUUACAAGGUUGCUAAAAGACGAAGUAGGACGAUUAAGGAUCUGUGGCUGGUUGCAAACCUUGCAAUUACCACAGAGCUCUGGAAGAUGCGCAACAAGGUUUUCUUUGAGGAAUUUCGGUUGCACGUGCUUAGUUUUAAGGGCAGAGUGUAUCAGGUUAUUCGUGAUAACUCGAUUCGAAUGAGGGGCCAUAUGUACAACACGCAAGAAGAUUUGCGCAUCUUGAAUUAUUUCAGGGUGCAACAUAGAUCUAGCAAGUUUUCUACUCCAAAAGCGGUUAGUUGGUUACCUCCUAAUCCUGGAGAAAUUAUGAUCUGUUGUGAUGGUGCUUCUCGUGGCAAUCCUGGCCUAGCUGGAGCUGGUGUUACCUUCAGGGAUGCUAAUUCUGCGGUCCUUGGAGUGCUUUCAGUUGGCCUGGGUUUUCAAGCCAACUAUUAUGCGGAAGUUUGUGCUGUGAUUUAUGGAGCAUUGCUUGCUAAGAGAUGGAAUGUUAAAAACCUUUGCAUCUGUUCAGAUUCGAUGAGUUGCAUUCAAGAUUUUCAGUCGGGUGAGCUUCCUUGGAAGCUUGUUACGAAGUGGAAGAUUGCGAGGAGCUUUUAUGAUAACAUUCGCUAUGUGGAUAACUAUAGGGAAGUUAAUUUCUCGGCUUAUGCUUUGGCCAAACAAGCUUGUUAG